AUCCGGAUUGGGAUGAUGUUUGCUUGAUGGUUGCGUCGGAGAUUGUGAGGAACGUGAGGAGGAGGGUCAGGGAGGAGUUGGGGUAUACGUGCUCGGGGGGUGUGGCGAGGAAUAAGAUGUUGGCGAAGUUGGGGUCGGGGUACAAGAAGCCGAAUCAGCAGACGGUCAUUCGGAAUAGGGCGGUGGAGCAUUUCUUGGGGGAAAUGAAGUUCACGAAGAUCAGGAUGCUGGGCGGGAAGUUGGGAGACGAGGUCGUGGCUAUGUUUGGGACAGACUCGGUCACGGAGUUGUUAAAGCAGCCUCUCGAGCAAUUGAAGAGGUUGGGGGACGAUACUGGGACGUGGCUAUAUUCUACUAUCAGGGGCGAGGAUAACAGCGAAGUGAACCCGAGGACACAAAUCAAGAGCAUGCUUUCAGCCAAAUCCUUCCGACCGGCCAUCAAUUCGUUUGAACAAGGCGUGCGGUGGCUGCGCAUCUUCGUUGCCGAUAUAUACUCGCGAUGUGUGGAAGAAGGCGUGUUGGAGAACAGACGGAGGCCAAAGACGCUCAAUCUGCACCACCGGCAAGGGGCGCAGACGAGGAGUAGGCAGGGUCCCAUUCCACAAGGCAAACCUUUCACAGAGGAAUUGCUGUUCGAUAUUGCAAAGAAUCUUUUGGCACAGGUAGUCGUGGACGGGCGGGCCUGGCCAUGCGCAAACUUGUCACUGAGCGCUGGCGGUUUCGAGGAUGGAGUCACAAACACGAAAGGGAUAGGAAGCUUCCUCGUCAGAGGCGCAGAAGCGAAAGCAAUGUUCUCAGCGGCACGUCCCGCGUCAGACUCGGGCCCUGUACCCCCUCCAGCAAAGAGGAGGAAGAAAGGUAACAUCGCAAAUUUUUUUGGUCCACGAGAUGAGAAGAAACGGGAUUUCGACGCCGCUCGGGCUGUGCUGAAGGCUCACCGCGAGUCGACAAGAGAGAGUAGUGAUUCUGAGGACGAUCAUAUGCCAGAGGAAAGCGAUGAUCUUGAAUCAUUUCAAACCGGCGAUGUUGAUUCCCCUUUCGAACGUCCAUCGACCCCAGAUCGUCAAGAUAGUACGGAUUCAUUGCAUAGAGCUGGCACUCCUCCUUCGGCCCAGAUCCCAACUCGUUCAAGACAGCAUGGUGAAGAAGAGGUUGAAACAGAGCACAUGCCGUCAGAGAAUCACGUGCUCCGCCAACCGACCAUAGAAAAGUUCUUCUGUUCCCGAUGCAAUGCUCACUUGCCGACGGCCGAACUGGCAGAACAUGAGGACUUCCAUUUCGCCAUGGAUCUUUCCAAAGAGAUGCGCCAGGAGCAACGGAACCAAUCGAACCUACUGAUCGCUGGUCGCAAGUCAGGCUCAGAUAAGAAGCCAACAAGGGGUAGGGGGCGGCCGCCAGGAGGUGGCAGUAGUAGUAGUAAAGGCGGUGGUGGUAAUAGUAGCGACAAAGGUCAGGCGAAGUUGGCGUUUGGUAGACAAACCUAAAACAUGCCCUCAAUG